CCGGUUCAGACUGGCCAAGGUGCCCCGCAAAGCAGAGAGACGAGGAGGGAAAACAAACUUCCCGGGGAGGAGGAAGACAGAGAAAGAGAGGGUGGAGCCCCGAGGAGGGGCAGGCUCCCUAGCUCCAUGUGGCCACCGCCGCCGCGGGGCUCGGCCAGGGCGAAGGGCGGCGGCCCGCGGGGCAGCGCCUAGCGGGACCGAUUGCCCAAUACCGCGGCGGGGCCGGUCCGGCCCGGGAUAAAUACGCGGGGCCGGACUGCAGGCGAGAGCGGCGGCCACGGUCGCCGGUCCAUCCGCCCGGCCCGGCCCGCGCGGGGCACUGCGCCCUGUGCUGCGCCCGGAACCUCCGGCACGCAGGGCCUGUAGAAAACACUGCCUUGAUUUCACCUUACGAUGGAACGUAAAAAGUCACCCGACGGCGGAUGGGGCUGGGUGAUUGUGUUUGUCUCCUUCUUCACUCAGUUUUUGUGUUACGGGUCCCCACUAGCAGUUGGAGUCUUAUACAUAGAGUGGCUGGAUGCCUUUGGUGAAGGGAAAGGAAAAACAGCCUGGGUCGGGUCCCUGGCAAGUGGAGUUGGCUUGCUUGCAAGUCCUGUGUGCAGUCUCUGUGUCUCAUCUUUUGGAGCAAGAUCUGUCACAAUCUUCAGUGGCUUCAUGGUGGCUGGAGGCCUGAUGCUGAGCAGUUUUGCCCCCAAUAUCUACUUUCUGUUUUUUUCUUAUGGUAUUAUUGUAGGUCUUGGAUGCGGUUUAUUAUACACUGCAACAGUGACAAUUACGUGCCAGUAUUUUGACAGCCGCCGAGGCCUUGCACUUGGCCUGAUUUCAACAGGUUCAAGUGUUGGCCUUUUUAUCUAUGCUGCUCUCCAGAGGAUGCUGAUUGACUUCUAUGGACUGGAUGGAUGCUUGCUGAUAGUUGGUGCUUUAGCUUUAAAUAUAUUAGCCUGUGGCAGCUUGAUGAGACCCCUGCAGGUCUCCAAUUGUCCUUUGCCUGAAAAACCAGCUCCAGAAAAUGUGCUGGACAGAUAUUCCAUUUACACUGAAAGAGAAAAGAACCAGGAAGAAAACAUAAACAUUCUGGAGAAGAGCUACAAUAAUGAGGCAAAAUGCAAAGGUGCUUUGGCCAAUGGUGACUGGAAACAGGAGAAUCUUCUUCAUAAAAGCCCCACAACAAUGGCACACGCAAAAGAACCUGAAACGUACAGACAGAAAGUUGCAGAGCAGACAUAUUUUUGCAAACAAUUUGCCAAGAGGAAGUGGCAGUUGUAUAAAAACUACUGUGGCGAAACUGUCUCUCUGUUUAAAAACAAAGUAUUUUCAGCACUUUUCAUCGCUAUCUUACUUUUUGACAUUGGAGGGUUUCCACCUUCAUUACUUAUGGAAGAUGUAGCAAGAAGUUCCAGUGUGAAGGAAGAGGAGUCUAUUAUGCCUCUUAUUUCCAUUAUAGGCAUUAUGACGGCAGUUGGUAAACUCCUUUUAGGGAUAUUGGCUGACUUCAAGUGGAUUAAUACCUUAUAUCUUUAUGUAGCUACCUUAAUAACCAUGGGCUUGGCCUUGUGUGCAAUUCCGUUUGCAAAAAGCUAUGUCACAUUGGCAAUACUUUCUGCGAUUCUAGGGUUUCUUACUGGUAAUUGGUCCAUAUUCCCAUAUGUGACUACCAAGACUGUGGGAAUUGAAAAAUUAGCUCAUGCCUAUGGAAUAUUAAUGUUUUUUGCUGGACUUGGAAAUAGCCUUGGACCACCAAUUAUUGGUUGGUUUUACGACUGGACCCAGACCUACGACAUUGCAUUUUAUUUUAGUGGCUUGUGUGUCCUGCUGGGAGGUUUUAUUCUGCUGCUGGCAGCCUUGGCCCCUUGGGAUACAUGUGAAAAACAACUCCCUAAGCCAACACCAACAACUUUUUUUUACAAAGUUGCCUCUAAUGUUUAGAGGAACAUUGGAAGACACUAUUUUUUGCUACUUUAUACCAUAUAGCAAAAAAUAUUUUAACAAUUUUCAGGCAAACUCUAGAGUCAAGACUGUUUUCUCACAGCAGGAUUUGACUGUGGCUGACUCUUGAGUGCAUUUUUAAAAUUUUAUAUAUCCAACUCUUUUUGUACUCUGUAUGUAGCCUUUAUCCCCUGUGCCCUCCUUCCCCAAGAAAUAGGACUACUUUUUAUUAUUGUUCAUUAGUUCUUAACAUUGUAAAACUUUUGACCAGCUCCUUAAGUCUUUCUCUGUGUAAAGAAGUAUGGAUUCUCUGCAGACUCCUUAGUUCCACUGCAAGGGGCCCAGCAUAUCUUCAGUUUUGAAGACCAUGCAAGCCUCGUGAUGGGGUAUGCAUGAAGGCCACUAAGCAAUAAAUAAAUCACUCUCUGUGGUAGACCUUCUAGUCAACAGACUCCAAGCCACUUCAUCAGGAAGUGAAAGUAGUUAUACAACAGCAUCAAGACUUGCAGUGGAACAAACUGAUCACUUAAAAGAUAUUUUAUAGUCAUCAAUUUUCAUUAUUUUAUUUUACUUGCCUUGAUUUAGCACCCUUGAUUUAGUGGUGUUUGGUGCCCUCAGCACAUAAACUGUUUCAGUUCCUAAGGCGUUUGCUGGGAUGCAGGCAGACUCUAAGCAGAAGAGUAGCCUUGCUUCAUGGUUGGCCACGAGACCUUUGCUCACUUGUGUUUGUCAACAUCCACUUAGCUGCCAUUUCCCAGGGAGUUCUGACUUUAACUGCUUCCAAAUAGGAAUGCAUUUUUCAACCAUUCCAUCUGGCAAAUGGGGCACCUCCAUUUGCUUUUGGCACAGUGGGGAUUGUUUGAAAGUGCUUGCAUAUCUUCCCAAUGAAGCAUUUGUUUGCUACAAUCAGAUUUUUCCACCAUCACAUUUUAAUUCAGGGCCAGAACUAAAACAGUGUGUGUGUGUGUGUGUGUGUGUGUGUGUGUGUGUGUGUGUGUGCGCGUGCGCGCGCGCGCGCACGCUAAGUCUACACGGGACAGGAAAGAAGCAAUCAGAAAUUGACAUCCUUGGGCCGAGAAUUCAGCUCAGUGGUUCUGCCACAUGUCUCACAAGUGCAAGGACCUGGGUUUGAUCCCUGGUACGAAAAAAAAAAAAAUUGACACCCUUAUCUAACCUUGCUUAAAUUCUAGGAAGAAAAUAAUGUUUAAUGAAUUGAUAUUUUCCCCCAAAGAAAUGGGUUUUAAACAUUGGCAUGCAUCAGUAUCCCUUUUGAUCUCUUAAAAAUAUAGGUACCUGAGUACCAUGGUUAGAGAUUUUAGUUUAAUUCUAUAGAUCUAGGCUGUGCCCCAAACAUCUAUAUUCUUAACAAGUUCUUCAUAUGAUUCUGAUAACAUAGCCUGUAGCUGUUAGGAGAUUGGCAGGAGAAAAAACAUUUAUCCUCUUAAAUGAAAAAAAACAAAACCCUGAGGUGAGAGGCUUUUAUAAAUAAAUAGCCAAGUUUCAAUCCCCAGUACCACACACACACACACACACACACACAAUAAAUAAAUAAAUAAAUAGCCAAGUGUUCUUUAAAUAAGAGGCACCCUUCCCAAUGUGCCAAACUUGUCUUUUCUUUUGAAACACUUAAGAUUGUUUUAUUUUAUACUUCUAUAUUCCUUUCCUUGGAAGGCGCUUGAAGCACUUUAUGAGCAUGAGUCCUCACAGCCCUCUGUGAGGAUGGUAAAUAGUACUUUCCUGUGUACUAUGGAGAAUCCAAAAAGGAAUUAACCCUACCCAGUAAUGCAAUAAUGGGGCUUCAGGGUACCCCAGACCUCUGCUCCAUAUGUUCAGACUUCUGUAAAGUUUUCUGUACCUCAUCCUUAGUCCCUGAAAAGGUUAGUAAAUUAAUAAAUGACAUUUAAAAGAAAAAAUUACAUGUUUUUUUGUUGAAAGUUCUUAUUACCAAUAUUAUGUUCAAGAAAAUCCAAUAACCUAGAAAAUUUUGACUUUUUAAUGACCUCUCCACAUUCAUCAAUGUUGGUAAUUGUCCAAAUAUAGCAUCACUAUGUCUACUGAGGUCAUCCAAUGUGUGCAUUUUCCACAGUUUAGGGAAUGAAUUUUAAGUUACAAUAAAAUACUUUUGUUUGUUUUGCAUCA